AUGGUUUUAAAUGCUGAUAGUCAAUAUACAGUUAUUGGUGGUGAUCGAGGUUUUGUACAAAUCAUUCGAACACAUGAUUUACAACCUGUUUAUGCUUAUCCACAAUGUGAUGCUAGUAUUCGUUCAUUAGCAAUAACUCAUGAUCAAAAAUAUAUCAUGGCAGGUCUUUCUACAGGUUGUUUGAUUGUAUUUAAUGUUAAUUUUAAUGUUCUUAAUCAACCUCGACGUGAUUCUGGAACGCCUACUGCAAAUGUUUAA